AUGCCAAAUUCAUUAAUAAAGGUAACUAUUAAAAACACUCUGUUAUAAAUACCACAAUCUCAAUUUAAUCAAAGUGGAGCUACCUAUUAUUUAUCAUUAUCAGAGUGUACAAUCACUUAAAAAAUGAUCUAACACAGAUCAUAAUAAGCUUUUGGAAUGCUCUUAACAAAUUCAAUAGGCACUACUUAUUUAUUCUUUUCCAAUUUUGUAACCUUCCGUACUUAGUAUAAAAAAAUGAAAUAAUUUUGUAAACUUACAGGUUUUUUAGAUAUUUAAAUUGGGUGAUAAAUUGCUACCUGGAUUUUAUACAUACACAAAGAAAAAUAAGAAAACUUAAUAUACUGUUUAGAUAUAUAAAAGUGAUGAUUUCGAAUAAUGUUAAGAAUUGGAAGAUGCUGUUUAUAAUGAAUUAUAAAUAUUGAGAAGUAUUAAACAUUAAUCUUUACUUGAAUUAAAAAGUGUAUAUGAGAAUAAUAAGCAUCUUUUUAUAGUAUAUGAAUAUUAUAAAGGAGAGACUCUCUUUAAUUUAUUAAAUUCUAAUCUCUAAAUACAUGAAGUAUAAAUAGCAUCUGUAAUAUUUUGAAUAUUAAUAUUAGAUUAUAUAUUAAAUACUUUAAGUUGUUAAAUUUCUCAAUUAUCAUUAAUUUUAUCAUGGUAGCAUUAAUCCAUAGAAUAUAUUAAUCAAUACUUAACAUUAAAUGUUAUAAAUAACACUUAUAAAUUUGUCAUUCAAAGAAUACAAGGUCAAUGACAAAUUAGAUUGGAUUUUAAAUAGAGCAGUAGAGUCUUUUUUAGCUCCUGAAUUUUUUGAAGGAAUUGCACCAAAUAUAUCUACUGAUAUAUAUGCAUUAGGAUGUGUAUUAUAUUUUAUGACUUAUUAUGAUUCAAAAAAAUAUGAAGUAUUAUAAACAAAAUAAACUUUUUUAGAUUAAAAAAUGA